CCUGUAAAACAUCUUGGAAGAUGUUACAAUGUAUUGUUUUCCAAAUAUCAUUGAGUCUAGCCAGGCAAGCUAGACAGCUCUCCCACAGCACCUCUGUGAACCCCCAUUAUCUAAAAUACUGCUGCAAAAAAUACAUUUCACAUAAGUUGUCGGUUUGUCUCACUUGUUCGACCAUUUGAACAUUUGAAACAGACUAGAGCAACAACAAAUGUAUAAUAGCUUACCUCCAUCAAGAUGGACUGGACAAGAGUGUAACGGUAUAGAAGGAUAUUCUGGACUUUGUGUUUAUUCUGCAGAGCAGUGCACGUUAAAGUCAUCCAAAAACAGCCCGAUGUAAAACACAUUUCCCGUGAGGCAAAACAAGGCUCAAAUGUUCCCCUACAACCUCUCCAAACCCGGCGUCACCCUUAGUCAAGCACGUCAGGACAUCAAGAAAAAUCUACUUGAUCCCACUCCACCUGUUCAAAAUGUCAUUAAUCUACAGCCGUCCAAUUAGAAGGCCCUCCUCUCGCCAACCAACCAAUGGCGAUGACCAAUCCCACGCCGCGUCAGAAUGUGGUCUGUCGGUAUCAAUGUGCUUGUCCAGAUGCGGCUUAUGAUAGUAUGUGAGGGGAGCUGCAUCAGUUUGAGGCAGCAUCUCAUCGCGCGUGGACCUACGGUCUGACUCACUAUGGUUUCCGAGAGGUGAGGGCCAACCGUUGAUCUCAUCAGUCGGCAUUUGGACCUCACAGGAGAGCAUUACACCAAAGCUUGCCUGUUUGUGCAGUAGGUCGUCAAGGAGGUCCUGACCGGAUCUUACCAGAGUUAACUGAGACCAAGCCAUCCCAUGGAUCCAAACAUCCAAAGUUCUUUCCUGUUCAACAACAGCCUCAACCAGUUUACCGGCGAGAUCAAGGCGCCAGUCUGUCAGUACUCAGUACCAAAUUCUUUCUACAAGCUCAACACGGGCCUCAGCAGCCAGUUGCCACCGGGGACCCCUCAUGGCAUCAGUGACAUUCUGAGCCGCUCCAUGGUGGGGGUGGGCUCUGUGGGCACCACCAACAGCCUACUCUCCGGCUACUCCACCGUGGGGGGUUUCGGCCCACCCGUCUCCAGCACGUCCAUGUAUUACGGCCGAGACUACAGCUCGACCUUGAACGGUUUGGCCAAGACCGGCGCCGAGUAUCCCAUGAAGGGUCGCGGCUUGAGCUGCUGGGCCGAGAGCGGCUGCGACUGGAGAGGAGACAAGCAGGAGUGUGCCAACAGUGGUCCCCUGGGGGAAAUGUCGGGUCGGAAGAAGCACACCAGGCCGACCUUCAGUGGGCAUCAGAUCUUUGCUCUGGAGAAGACCUUUGAGCAGACCAAGUAUUUGGCCGGGCCGGAGCGGGCCAGACUGGCUUAUUCUCUCGGCAUGACUGAAUCUCAAGUCAAGGUUUGGUUCCAAAACCGCCGCACCAAGUGGAGGAAGAAGAGCGCGUCAGAGCCAAGCUCCACGCAGGCCCACGCGGGGCAGGCCGGCGAGACCUCGGACAAUGAGGUGGAGGACGAGGAGUACAACAAGCCCCUGGAUCCGGACUCUGAUGAUGACAAGAUCCGCUUGCUGCUGCGCAAGCAUCGCAGAGCUUUCUCGGUCCUGCGUCUUGGGCCACACCACGUAUGAUGCAUACUCGUAUACAUACACGUGUGCAUGGAGCAUGCAUCGAGGAGGGGAACGGGGCAGGGAUGGCUUCAUGGGUCGGUGGCCCGGGCGUCCACCGGUCGACGUAAAAUUUCAAUGACAGUCCGCCGGCAAAACUAUUGUCAGUUUGUCAUGUAGAAGGGAGAUGGAUCUGCUUUUGAUAGAGGCGUCCUCAAACUUGAAAAGUUUCCAUCCCAACACCUCCACCCCAUCGACAAAUUAAUUUCCUGGGCCAUAAUAACUGAAUAGCGUCUAGCAAGCUUUGCACAUC